AUGACAGCCGUUGUUUGGGAUGGUGAUCGUGUCGACGAGAAGAUUGAUGCUCUCAUGCAAGCCAUAUGCAAAGAAGGAGGUUUAGGAGCUGUAAUAUGGGUGCCACAUGAUUUAAAAGACUAUCAAAAGGAAGAGACCAUGGAAGUAGUUUUGAGUGGGCAUUCUGAAGAGGACAGUGGUGGCAAUAUGACAUCACGAAAACACAGUUCAGAAGUGAUGACUGCAGGAAAGAAGAAAAAAAAAGAAAUAUACAUAAGUGCCAGUUCUUCUACCAAGUCUUCUGAAUUACUGCACUUGAAAACUGAACUUGGACUGCAGACACAAAAGUUAGAGAUGGUGGAGGCUAAAAUAGAAGAUAUGGGAAAACAGAUAAGAACUUUUGGAAAAGAAGGUGAUGAUGCUGAGAGAGAAGUCAAAGAACAAUGA